GUCGGCCCCCUAAGUUGUCAUGCGACAGAGAACGUGUGAUGCUUUAACUCAGCGCCGCUGCCGCGAGAGCCAUUCCUUUGUUUUUUUAGCUGGGGCUGCCCUGGCGGGUCUUUGCCUGCGCUGCUCCCCGGUCUACGACGUGGCGGCCCGGAGGCCGUGUGCCAUGGCCUCUUUCUGCCUGGCGUCCGCGUGCUGCGGCGUGGCCGUGGAGCCCUCCCAGACGAUCACGGAGUGCGGCGAAGUCAGGCGCUGCCAGCGCCGCGUCGGCGCCGAGGCGCUACCCCCCCGGGCCGACCUCUGCGGCUGCCUGGCCAGCUGCGGCGAGCGCUGCCUCGGCACGGCCACGUCCGCCGCCGACGAGUUCGAGCUCAGGCCCGAGGAGCUGCUGCAGGAGGACGCGGCGGCCCGGGAGGCGAGGCAGCUGCGCGAGAUGCUGACGGAGGCUCUCGGAGAGGCUGUGCGGCAGUGCCCUUUCUGCAAGGUCGCCUGCGUGAAGCAGGACGCGGAUGACUGCGACCACAUCUUCUGCCGCUGCGGGCGCGAGUUCUGCUGGCAGUGCGGCGCGGACCGCGAGGUGAUUUUCCAUCACGGCAACCACCACCACAAGCCCAGCUGCCCUUUCUACACCGACUUUGCCGAGAGGAGUCCCAAGCUGGUCCCCCACUGCCCCCAGUGCAAGGCCACCGGCCAGCCCUGCAGGCCGCCGCCCGGGACCCGGGCGCUCCGCAGGGUCGGGUGCUGCGGCGGCUCCUGAGCCAUCGCCGCAGCAGGGCCGCUCGCGCGCCACGGCCCCCCCGCCCCACGUCGCCCACGGGGGGGGGGAGCUCAAACUCGUAGGGCGGGUUUCUUCUUUCGGCUCGCCUCCUUCCUCUCUUCAGCCUUCUGCAGCUGCAGUUGCCCAGUGCAGGGAAUCGCGGCCUUGGGCGCUUGAUGGUGGCCCCCGUUCCGCCCAGAAUUCGUCCAGUUUGCGCAUCCCGCGCUUGUCCACGCCAGCUGAUGAUUCUGGCCAUGUCUAGUUUUUUGUUGUUGGAUGCGCUGAUUUUCCGGGGUGCCGCUGCUUGUGUUGUAUAGUGGCAAGCCAGCAACCCCGUGCGGAAUGUGUGCGCUUUCAUUGAAUGCCGAUAAGGGUCCAGUAAUGGAGAUGGCGUUGGCUGUAUGCUUGCCCUCGUGGAAAGAAACGACGCGCUAGAGACCACAG